UAGUGUCAAAUAACAAAUUUAUUAUUUAUCAUUAAGCAUUGAAAUACUUCUUUGAAACGUUAAUGUUUAAAGAAUUGAAAAGGUAGCCAAAAUUACAAAUAUAAACUUAAAUCGUAAAUCGUAUAUUUAAUAGUGAAUAACUAAUAAUGGUUGACUUAACAAAAACUUGUCGUACUUGUAUGAAAAAUAACGUAAACAUGGUGGAUUUAUUCGGACCAGUUAAAAUAGAAGAAAAUUGUUUGUUGAAAUUAGCUGAUGUGUUAACGGAGACAACUUCAUUAGCAGUUUCAAAGGAAGAUGGUUUGCCUCAAUUACUAUGCGAUACAUGCGCCAAAACUUUACAAAUUGUUCAUACAUUUCGGCUUCAAGCUGUACAAUCAGAGGUAGAACUGAAGAAAAUUCUAUAUUUCACUCCAAUUAAGAAUGAACAGUAUGAGGUUGCCGUUAAACAAGAAGAUUCAGAUUAUUUUGACAAUUAUGAAGAUUUCCUCGAUGACAUGGUAUCUACUAAGCAGGACCCUGAAUUGGAAACAUAUGAGUGUAAAACCUGUCAAAAACAAUUUAACAAACACAAAAAGUUCUUAAAACACCUAUCUACACAUGAAUCGGCUAGCUUAUUCUGUCCAAAAUGCAACAAAAGAUUCCAUAGACAGUCGUCAUUGGAAAAACAUUUAUUAAAACAUUGUGAUAUAUCAGAAACUGAUAUAAAUAGCACUGUAGAUAACAAUAGUUUGGAGGUUAAGAUCGAAAAGGAAAAUGAAGGAUAUAAAUGUAGGGAGUGUGAUGCGGUUUAUAGUAAACCAAGAGCUCUAUUGACCCAUUUGAGGAAGCAUGAUAAGUCAGUAAGAGAGAAGUUUAAAUGUGAUCACUGUAAUAAGUAUUUUGCUCUUAAAACAUUAUUAAGACGUCAUAUGAGGUUGCAUAUGGGUGAUAAGCCCUAUAAAUGCACAGAAUGUACAAAGAGCUAUUCCAGGAGAGACCAACUCUUGGAUCACAUGAAUAAGCAUAAAAAUGUGAAGCCAUAUGUGUGUCCACACUGUCAAAAAUCAUUUACUCAACUAUGCACUCUAAAGGAUCACGUACGGAUACAUACAGGAGAGACUCCGUUUUUAUGUUCGGAAUGUGGGAAAGGCUUCAACAACAGGUCUAACUUACGACAACACCUGAUGAGGCAUGCCGGGCUGAAGCCAUUUGCUUGCAAGCUGUGUCCGAAGACAUUCUGUACUAAGGGUCAGAUGACGAGUCACAUGAACACACACACGGACGCACACCCUUACAAAUGCACGGAAUGCAGCUCCACAUUUACGAAGCCGACUUCACUGAAGAAACACAAGUUGAUACACUUAGGCAUUAAACCGUUUGCAUGUGAUACAUGUAAUAUGAGAUUCACGUGCAAGGACCACCUGAAGCGCCACCAGCGCAUCCACACCGGCGAGAAGCCGUACCGGUGCGCGUACUGCGAGCGCGCGUUCACGCAGAGCGGCGACCUCGUGAAGCACACACGGAUGCACGUCGGACAGAAUAUAUAUCAAUGUGACGUAUGCCACAUGAAGUUCCGUUUGCUGCGUGAACUGAAACGUCAUUACCCAUCACACUAUGAGGGCAAUGACGGCAAGAAUGACGUUCAACAAUCGGAAAUGACGAAGGAAUCGGACGGUCGGAUAACGAUCACGUUCACAAAUUUGUUGGACAAGAGCAAUGUUGGUGAUAUUACUAUUAAUUUAUCGCCGGAGAAGAGUUAACGAGAAAUGAAUGGAUUGGUUAGUCCGGAGUUUGAGGAUGUUUUAAAACUUAAGUGAUAUUAGAAGUUAAUGAAAAAAGAAUAUUUGUAAAAUAAGUUGAGAACUUGUUUUUGUCAAGUUGAAUGAAACUAAUGUACUUUCCUGCAGUUUAAAUAUAUAAAUGCAAAUUAAAAUUUUUCUUACUACCGAGGAAAUUAUUAAUUGUAAAUUUUUUACCAGAUUAUUGCUAGCAUUUAACUUUUUUAAAUUGGUACAAGUAAUAUAAAUAAAUUUAUUUUUCUUUAUUAUAUCAAAGAAUGGAUUGUUAUUGUUGGAUUUCAUAUCCUAUCGAAGAACAUUGAAAUUUUGGAAACAAUAACACGUCAAAAAUAUUUGGAGUCUAUUGAUUUUUAUGGAUUAAAAAUAUGAAGUAAUAUAUUUUACAUUUAAAGACGUGCCUAUUAUAAAUAUUUAAUGUGUGAAAAAUUAUUAUUAGUUAUUAAGCUGUAAUAUGUUAUUUAAAAUCUAAAAAAAUAUUACUCAGUCAUAUCUUUAUUGCUACUUGUUGAAAUGUGUUAUUGUGAAUUUUAAAAUUAGCUUUGCUUUGAGCCAUGUUUUGGCAAAAAUGUUUUAGUGAGAUGUAGUAUUACUUAGGGGCGUCCAUUAAUUACGAAUGACAUUUUUCAGGAUUUUCUGUGUUUUGUUAAUGUGCGGGUCGGCGGGAUUUAAAAGGAUAAAUGACGAAUACUGAUAUAUCAAGAUUUGCCACAUGUUUAUUCUAGAAAUUUAUUUUACUUUAACUGAACUUUAUUUUCAUGGUUUUCUGUUAAAAAAAAAUUAAAACAAUAAUUUUUCAGUUACCUGUACAAUUUUUGUUGAAGAGUAAUAAAAUAAAUAAAUAAUAUAACCCCCCCCCCUCUCCCCCAAGUGAUAUUUGGAAAAAAUUUACUUGACCCCCUCAGUAAUUUAUGGACGCUCCCUUAUUAAUUAUUAUCAUUAUUAAGUGUUACAUUAUGCUGAAUGUGAGAAUUAUUAUUACUUGCUAUAGAUUAUAGAUCAACUGUUUUAAUUUAGUAUGACAUAACAUUUUUAGAUUUUCUUCAGUGGUGAUUUGUCAUACAUGAUAUCAUUUUUACUUGCUAUUCGAGGGUUUAAUUUAAAGAUUAUAGUGGGCUCAAUAUUAAAAAAAAAAUGCUAAAUUUGCUUAUGUGUAUAUUUUAUAUUAAUUUAUCUCUUUUAUAUUAAAGUCAAAUAAAUCCUCAACCCCAUUUAGCGUUGUCGGCCAUUUUGAAUUUUAAAAUUUAACAAAUGAUUAUAAAAUGUUAUGUCAUUUAAUUUAUUACGUAGUAAGGGAAUUAGGAAAAAUAUGAAAGCAUUGUCAUUAAGUUUAUUUCUGAUUGUAGGUGUCGAUAUCCUAAAAUACUCAAUGAGGCUUGCUUUAGUAAUAUCAUAUAAUAAUUGAACUGCUUGAUUAACUACUUAUGGGAAACGUUGUUUUUGUUUUAUCAUUUUUUUAUUAUUAAUUAAAUUUAGGAAGACUCAAUUACAGGCGAAUAUAACAGGCAAAAGAGGAUGGAUGCUAUGUGCCUCUCAUAAUUAAUUUAAAAACCAGUACGCAACUGAUGUGCUUGGUAUAAAAAAAUAAAGAUAUCUACAUAAAUUGUGUAUUGUGUGUGUUUAAUAUAUUCGCCUCAUAAUGUUUAUAUGUUAUAUAUUAUGAUACCUUUUACGUUGGGGUAUAAAACCACUUUUGUUAAUACUAUAUUCCUUAGGGCGAAGCCAUAUCGUCUUGAAAUGUUGUUGCCUUUAAUCUUAUAUUUAAAAAAUUUAAACAUUUACAAAAUUAUUUUUUUUAUUAACGGCAGAUAAAAAUCGAAUAGAUUAUGAAAAAUUAUAAAACACAGCAAUAUACACAGUGGAAGUAAUAUGGGCUGAGCUUACUGUUAUAUUUUAAACAUGUAUUUUCUUCUAUUUGAUCCUACUCGAGUAAACAUUAAGAAAUGAAUGACUUUAACCGGUUUUAAACGCGACUUAUUCAGUAUAUUAUUUAUCUGAAUGAUUCGUUAUGAUAAAUUAGCAGGAGCUCCCUUUAGUUUAUAUACUUACAACAAUUGAAUCAUCAAAAUUCUAUUUCGUUUUUAAGACGAUAGCUUCACCUGUUAUUUAUAUGUAUACUACUCCUUUAGACUGGAUUUUAAACCAUUUUAAACAGACAGAUUUUAUCUUACUAUCCUGAUUAGGAUCAUCAGGAUUUAAUAAUUUCUUUACACUCUGCAUAAAAACUACUGAGAUAUAUUUUAGUUCAUUCUUAUAUUUUAUUAUUUUCAGAAACUAGUGUUUUAUAGCAUAAGUCUGGUAUGUUAUAUUCAAAAUAAUAGGGAUUGUUUGUUCCUUAAACGUUUGUGUUAUCCAUACUUGUGUUAUUAAAUUAUGAUAUUAUAUAUAAAUUA